GCUCGCCUCGUGUCGAACUCCUCUUCAGCGCCCAGGUGAUUGCAUGCAUGGCGGGCGCAUCGCCACGCAGACAUCCAUGGGGUGCUGCUGUCUCCCGUCGUGCCCCUUGUAUCACCGCCGCAGCCACUCCGGGCGGCGUGCCUCCUGGGAGACCGAGGAACCAUUCCGCUUCGGAAUUGCAUGUGAGGCUAACUAAGACACGCAUCGGCGACAGGUACCACUUCGGCACGCUGUCAGUGCGGAGUAGUGCAGCCACCAAAUCAUCAGUUAGCAUUACCAAACCGCCGUCCGCCUUCUUUGCCAACAUGACGGCCAUCUCGAGCCUUGAAGUGCGGCUCUGGAGUGAUUAUGAAGCGGUACAAAGGGGAUUGUACAGUUUUGAGAGGGUACCUGGAGUCUUGGACAAGGUUUAA